GACGCCUCUGCGUAAAGGACCAAUUAGACGAAGGGGAGGGCGGGGCGUCGGCAUCAACUCGGUUUCCGCUUCCGCUGAGUCCCUGAGCGCUUCAAGCUACGUGUCCCAAGCUUCUUCGUGGCCGCCCAGCAGGCAGCCAUGGAUCAGGUAAUGCAGUUUGUUGAGCCGAGCCGGCAGUUUGUAAAGGACUCAAUUCGGCUGGUGAAAAGAUGCACUAAGCCUGAUAGAAAAGAAUUCCAGAAGAUUGCUAUGGCCACAGCAAUAGGAUUUGCUAUAAUGGGAUUCAUCGGCUUCUUUGUGAAAUUGAUCCACAUCCCUAUUAAUAACAUCAUUGUGGGUGGCUGAAAACUUUGGAAGAGAGCUCUUUAUGUUGGGAAUUAACAAGGGUGGGUUUCAGAAGUUCAUGAAGUAAAAAUUUGCCUGUA